GUUGGGGCUCGAACCGGCAACCCUCCGGUUACAAGUCCAGAGUGCUAACCAGUAGGCCACGGCUGCCCUUUAAGAAGUCCACAAUCAAUUCAAUUGUCUUGCCACGAUUUGUGGAGCUUACAGACAACGUUCUUUUGAAUUAUUUGUUCAUUUGUUUAUGUCUUGUGUGUGGAUGAAUUAAUUUAUGAACACUCUCUAAGCACUCUCUACACUCAUUCUCCCUCUGUUUGGACCAGCGGGAGUCAGGAUUCAUCCUAAGCUCAUUGUUAAGUGUCCUGUGCUUUUGUCCCUUGCCCAACUGCAACCUUCAACCUUCAAGGUCUUCAUGCUGCAUCCUCCCAGAUCUUUAGCUCCAGCUGCUGUUUCAAGUGUAGACAUCCCUGACUUGAGUUAUGUACACUGGAGCUUAUCCCGGUAACUUCAGGAGUAACCACUGAUGUCAAAAGAACAUGGCACGUUUGACACCACAUGAUGCAGCAUUGAUGAUGCAUCAGUAAUUACUCCAGAAGUUACCUGGAUAAACCCAUAAACUUUCUUCUAGUCUUAACGUUUUAGAUUGGGAUUGAUUGCUGACUGCUGGCAUUCUUUGCCAUUUUUCAAGAUGCUGGACAAUAUUACUCUUAUUUGUCAGCUUAUACUACUGAGUGACCAGUCCCUGUCGGAGGAGGUGUGUGUGUGUGUGUGUGUGAGUGUGGAUACGGCAGGUACUGUAAUGGCAGCGGAGGGAUGAAUCAAAUGUUUAUAUUAUGCAUACAUGACCUCAUGCAUGUUGGCCCUCAUAUGGAUGCAAUAUACAUCUCUACUCACUCAGCACUAUUCGUUUAUCACCGCAAGCCGGAAAAUAAAAAAAAGAAGAAAGAUGUCUGUGCAGAACGAUGACUUUACAGCACAUCUGAGCGUGUCUUGUUCACUUCAAAGAGGCUAUAAAAGCAGCUCUUUUCUGAGGGGAGAUGGUCAUGAAAUCUCAAGUUACUUCUAUUGUCAUGUAGGCUACAGUGUUUGUCAGAGGCAAUACUGACUGUAAUUGUGGACAGGUGUCCAGCACGCUGAAUCAGCUGUGCUCAAGAAGACCCAUGCGGACAUCAUUUAUAGUUCUGGAGCUAUUUGAAUCACGCUGUGUGGCUUCCAAAGUCGUUGCUACAGAAUGGUGUACACACUUUUUUUUCAGAUGCAGAGUUGCAUUACCUGUAGUGAACAGUAGAGGGAGCCUUCCAACUGCUCUACAGGAGACAAGUGACAUCAUCAGUUGCCUACUGGAGGUUCUAAAUAAAUGAACCCAGAAGCCUUAACAGCAAACCAGCCUUGGCAUACUGCUUCACACUGAUGGGCUGCUGUGAAUAUAUUGAUCUAAACGCUUCUGUCAGUUACAAAUAUUGACGGAUGCCUCUCUGCUAUCUGCAGCCUUGAAUUAAACGUGACAUAGUUGGGGUGCCAGACAUGAAUGCUGAUGAGCUCUGUGGGCAUGUUAUGGCAACUUUAGCACACACCAGUCGAUCCUACACCAUACUGAAGCAGGAGUGAGCAAGUACAGAGGACUCACUGUGUCCUGUACAUCCUACACACCAUAUAGUCAAGUCCACUGACUAUAGUUCUCAAGGCUUGGUGCAAUUACCACAACUGUCCAGAAGAUGGCAACUGUGGGGAAAUAUAGUCCUACAUACUGUGCUUUAGAGAAGAAUGUGACUGGUUUCAUAACACAGAGAACAGUACUGAUAUUUGUGCAAUGUACUGUGAUGAACCACAGAAUUAAAACCCCAUCAACGUAUUCUCACAAUGUUAGACAGUUUAUUCUCCCGCUGUCUGUGUGUGUGUGUGUGUGUAUAAUGAAAGGGUCACAUGCUCACUUUCUCUCACUUUCCUCAGAGAGAACCUGAGUCGUUCCAUAAUCCACUGUGGAAGAUUAGAUAUGAUCUCCUCAAGCUAAUUGAUUAUGACAGGUGUAACCCAAAUGAUGCCUCAAGAUACACUCACCCCAUUGGCUGUGGCGGCUGGAUUACCCCUCACAUGGCCUAAAUCUCCAGAUGCUGACCAACCAGAUCGGUUUGGCACCUUCAUCCCCUCGGAGGCCCUCUGAGGAACGACGCCUCCCUGUGCCCUCUCGGACCAUCGAGACCGCCUGGGCGACCAGGUCGAGGACCUUCGGCAGCCAUCAAGACCGCCUGGGCGACCAGGUCGAGGACCUUCGGCAGCCAUCGAGACCGCCUGGGCGACCAGGUCGAGGACCUUCGGCAGCAAUGAACGGCACAGAGGGCCCGGAUUUCUAUGUGCCCAUGUCCAACCUGACCGGACUGGUGCGCAGCCCGUACGAGUACCCGCAGUUCUACCUGGCGGAGCCCUGGGCCUUCGCUUGCAUGGCCGCGUACAUGUUCUUCCUCAUCCUCACCGGCUUCCCCAUCAACUUCCUCACGCUGUACGUCACCGUCCAGCACAAGAGGCUGCGGACGCCGCUCAACUACAUCCUGCUCAACCUGGCUGUGGCGGACCUCUUCAUGGUGGUGGGCGGCUUCACCACCACCAUGUACACGUCCCUGCACGGCUACUUCGUCUUCGGCCGCCUCGGCUGCAACCUCGAGGGCUUCUUCGCCACGCACGGCGGCGAGAUCGCCCUCUGGUCACUGGUGGUGCUUGCCGUCGAGCGCUGGGUGGUCGUCUGCAAGCCCGUGAGCGACUUCCGCUUCGGAGAGAACCACGCCGUCGCAGGCGUGGCCUUCACCUGGCUGAUGGCGGGCACCUGCUCGGUGCCGCCGCUGGUCGGCUGGUCGCGCUACAUCCCCGAGGGCCUGCAGUGCUCCUGUGGCAUCGACUACUACACCCUCAAGCCCCAGAUCAACAACGAGUCCUUCGUGGUCUACAUGUUCGUUGUGCACUUCAGCAUCCCCCUCCUCAUCAUCGGCUUCUGCUACGGACGGCUGGUGUGCACCGUCAAGGCGGCCGCCGCGCAGCAGCAGGAGUCCGAGACCACGCAGCGGGCCGAGCGCGAGGUCACGCGCAUGGUCGUCCUCAUGGUCAUCUCCUUCCUGGUAUGCUGGGUGCCCUAUGCCAGCGUGGCCUGGUACAUCUUCAUGCACCAGGGCACCUACUUCGGACCCAUCUUCAUGACGGUGCCCGCCUUCUUUGCCAAGAGCUCGGCGCUCUACAACCCCCUCAUCUACGUGUGCAUGAACAAGCAGUUCCGCCACUGCAUGAUCACCACGCUGUUCUGCGGCAAGAACCCCUUCGAGGAGGAGGAGGGCGCCUCUACCGCGUCCGCGUCCAAGACCGAGGCCUCCUCCGUCUCGUCCACCUCGGUGUCCCCAGCGUGAAGAAACGGAGUCACCGAUCACCCAGUCCCCUGCAAAGCCUCACUAACAAUAAAACGUAUGCUACACAUUACAACUGGGAGAUGAUUUUACUCAUAUGAUGGAAUGAAAGACUUCUCCAAAAGCUCUCCAUCCAUU